AUGAGCCAUGAAUCGCCGACUUUCGGGGCGAUGCCGAAGCAAGAAUGGAUUUCGAGGAGCGUGACCCAGGUGCGAGCAAUCGGCGAAGAACAUCACAUGUGGUCUCCCAAGUAUGCAGUGGAGCACUACCACGAAGUCAUGAAGUAUCUUCACCGACUCGACGAUCGAGUUCGAUUCCAGGGGAUUCAUGUGCUGCGAUGGCUGUCGGGGGUGUUGAUAGUGUCGGCCGGUUGCCUCUACCUGCUACGUGAAGACGUUCGGUCUGGACUUGGGAAGGAAGGAGCAGAGGUGACGAGCAGGACGAUACAGGACAAGAAAGUUCAGGUGGCUGCAGAGAUUGUUGCGAAGGAAGUCGCACUCGAGCUCCUGCGCAGUCCGGCAACGAUCGACGGUGCUGCCAAGUUUGUACAGGAAGUCCUAGCUCAACGGACCACACAAGAUGCUGCGGGCAGGCUGAUCGUGAAUCUGUACAAGGACGAGGAGAUGCUAAAGUACACACAAGAAUGGGUGUCAGUGAUCGUUGGACGUCUUUGCAACGAGGAGUACACGCAGAAGAGUAUUCAGCACUUGCUCGGAGUUGCCUUCACCAACCUGUUUGCAGACAACGACUUCCAGAAGGUUGCCGGGAAUUUUGCAGUAGAUGUCAUUGCGCAGGAUCAAGUCAUCCAACAAGCGACGUCGCUGCUCACGACUAGGUGA